UUCAUACCUUUCUUUCUCUCCUUCCUUCUUCAUUCUUCUUUUCUUAUUUUCUCAUUUUCUCUUCCUUUCCAACACCAAAACAACCACCAUGGAUUCUAGCAAUAGUGGUAGCUUUCAAUCAUCAAGCGGCGGCGCCGCUACUGGGGCCGCCGAUGCUGAAGAAUAUGAUUCUAGAACACAAUCCAUUUCUUCUUUCUUAAACCCUACUACUUCCAAUUUUAACAACCUUAACCACCUUCUUCAACCACCACCACCACCACUUCAUUCGGAUUCCACCUCCUUCUUUAACCCGAACCCGUUUCAUGAUCCAGGUUCUCUUUGGACCGGACCCCUCCAACCCGCCAACCGGUCUAACCUCACAAACUUCAAUACUACUACUAAUUACGCUAAUAUUAACAACCCUAAUAAUAAUAAUAAUAAUAAUAAUACAAACACAAAUUCAAAUACAAAUAUGGGUCAUGGGUCGGAUCUUAGUAACCAUAGUAAUAAUACCCGGAAUCAUCAAAUGGGUGUCAAUAUAAAGAAUCCGAAAAAACGUACACGUGCUUCCCGGCGAGCACCAACCACCGUGCUUACAACCGACACUACAAACUUCCGGCAAAUGGUUCAAGAAUUCACCGGAAUACCCGCCGCACCGUUUACUACCGGCGGUCCUUUUUCACGCCGUCUUGAUCUUUUCCGGCCAUCACCACAAAAACUUCAGCCACAGUCAAUAUUACCACCAUAUUCUAGUAAUAAUAAUAUUUCUACUACUGGUGCUACUAGUUCUAGUAAUUACAACUUACCCCCUUCUAAUAUUCAUGAUCAGUUUCAAAAACAGCCUUCAUCUUUGAUGGAUUUACAAAAUAAUAACCCCGUGGUUUCUUUCCAAUCUCUUUUGCAAACAACACUUCCUCAUCAGCAGCAGUCAAAUCAUGAUUUAAGUGGGUUUUCAAAAAGAUGGAGAGGUCAAGAUGAAAAGAUGGAGGGUUUUGAAGGGGUGAUUGGUAAUAAUCAAAACAUUGGGGUUGGAAAGUUAAAUUCUGGUUUAGAAAAUCAUGUUGUGGUUUCAUCAAGUGAUCAAGUUCAAGGUAAUGAUCAUCAAGCUUCAUGGAUUUGCCCUUCUAGUUAAUUAGGAUUUUUUUUUAAAUUUUUUUUUUUUUUUGUAUUUUAUUUGAUUAGUUCUAUUUUUUUUUUCUUACACAAAGUUAUGAUAUCUCAAGCUAAUGGGUUAUUACUACCUAAUGUAUAUAUAGAUACACAUUAAUUAACUACACAAUGU